AUGCCGCAGGGAAGACAAUCAACCCUUGGCAAAUUCCUUGGCCAGAAGGAAAACGCAACCAAGCCCAAAUCUCAAUCGACUCUUUCCUUCCAACAGAAGGCGGGAUCAAAAGAAAUAGCCUCCCACCCAGAAGUCGACCCACAUGCCGAGAAAGGAAAGGAGUCUUCUCAAAACGGGGACGUGCAAGAUGCUCGAAAGACUGCUGGCGCAGGCGUCCAAGAUGAUGAUGCUUCCCCAGGCAGGAAACACAAGAGAGAGACUAUGCAGAGUGGUAAGAGCGAGAGUGACUCAGACGAUCAGCCUGUUGUGAAGAGGAGAAGACGAACAUCUACGUCCAAAAAUACCGUCUUCACUGAAAAUGGGGAUUCUUUACCACGGAUGCAAACAAAUGGUACAAGUGGCGAGGGAACGUCACCAGCCCAUCCGGCGAAGAACAGGACACCUGAGCGUGAGGAGGUGCCUUCUCCCGAUGAGGAAAAGGAUGUUUCUGCAUCAGAGGAUGAGCCGCCCACCAGCGACGAUGACACCCCGAAGGUCAAGAUCAAGCAAGUGGCUAAGGUUCAAGCUACCAUCAAAGCUUCGGGCAAGGACCCAUAUCCGGAUUGGAAAGCUGGAGAGCCCGUCCCUUACGCAGCUCUAUGUACCACAUUUUCACUGAUCGAGCUCACAACGAAACGUCUUCAGAUCACAGCGUAUUGCUCCGCUUUUAUACAGCAAGUCCUUCGCUUAACGCCGCAGGAUCUUCUUCCGACGGUGCAACUCAUGCUCAACAAAUUGGCAGCUGACUAUGCUGGCAUCGAGCUCGGGAUUGGAGAGUCACUAAUCAUGAAGGCCAUAGGGGAAAGCUCAGGUCGUUCACUAUCAGUGAUCAAAGCAGACCAUCAUAAGAUUGGCGACCUGGGUCUCGUUGCAGCCAAGAGUAAAUCCAAGCAGGGGCAGAUGUUCAAACCAAAGCCACUGACUGUUCGUGGUGUUCACCAAGGAUUGCUCGAAAUUGCCAAAAUGGAAGGACAGGGCUCCCAGGAUCAGAAAGUCAGAGCCAUUAAUCGGUUGAUGGCCUCUGCUGAUGUGUCAUCUGCCAGCAAAGCAGUGGAUAUCACUAAAGACAAGGGAGGUCCUUCAGAAGCAAAGUUCCUGGUCCGUUUCCUUGAAGGGAAACUGCGACUUGGCCUGGCCGAGAAGACGGUCAUCGUUGCUUUAGCCCAGGCCGUUGUCACGCAUGAGGUGGCAAAGAAGGGGAAAAUACCCAGCACCGAGCAACUCGCGAAAGGAGAAGCUGUGCUUAAACAAGUCUACAGUGAGCUACCCUCUUAUGAGGUCAUCAUUCCAGCAAUGCUCGAACAUGGUAUCUUCAACUUGCACGACUCCUGUAAACUACAGCCCGGGGUUCCCCUGAAGCCGAUGCUUGCCAAACCGACCAAGUCUAUCACAGAAGUGCUCGACCGAUUUGAGGGAAAAGACUUCACAUGUGAGUAUAAAUACGACGGGGAACGGGCGCAGAUCCAUUAUGUGGCUCCUGACUCGAAGACCGAGUUUCCUGCCGCACAGAACACCUUGGCCAAGGAUCCCAAACAUUUCAAAGGUCUUGCUGCGAUCUUUUCAAGGAACUCGGAAGACCUUUCAAAAAAGUAUCCAGACAUCCUCGAGAAAUUGGAUACUUGGAUCAAACCAUCAACCAAGAGUUUCGUGUUGGACUGCGAAACUGUGGCCUGGGACCCGCAAAACAAGAAGGUGCUCCCCUUCCAGCAACUCAUGACUCGCAAGCGGAAGGAUGUGAAGACAUCAGAGGUCACCGUCAAAGUGUGCGUCUUUGCCUUCGACCUACUUUUCUACAAUGGCGAACCUCUUGUCAAGAAGAGUCUUCGCGAAAGACGUGAUAUUCUUCACAACGCCUUCACUCCGGUUGAAGGGGAGUUCUCGUUUGCCCAGUACGGUGAUACUAGAGACAUAGAGGAGAUCCAGCACCUGUUGGACGAAUCUGUGAAAGCAUCGUGCGAAGGAUUGAUGGUGAAGAUGCUCGACACAGGAGAGUCUGGCUAUGAGCCCAGCAAACGCUCACGCAACUGGCUCAAAGUCAAGAAAGACUACCUCGCCGGCGUUGGCGACUCCCUAGACCUCGUUGUUCUGGGGGCCUACCACGGAAAAGGGAAGCGGACGUCCUGGUAUGGCGCCUUCCUCCUUGGCGCAUACAACGAGGAUACCCAGAGUUUUGAGACUGUCUGCAACAUUGGGACCGGCUUCUCAGAAGCAAUUCUGGAAGAAUUCUACAGGGACCUGUCUGAAAUCGUCAUUGACGGUCCCAAACCAUUCUACUCUCAUUCGACGGUGAAAAACGAUCAGCCGGAUGUGUGGUUUGAGGCUCGUCAUGUGUGGGAGGUCAAGACCGCCGAUCUCACUCUAAGCCCUCGGUAUCGUGCCGCGAUUGAUGAAAUGGGUGGGAAAAACGGGAUCAGUCUGCGAUUUCCUCGGUUCAUCCAAAAAAGGGACGACAAAAAGCCCGAAGAGGCGACGACGACGAAGGCUAUUGCGGAAAUGUAUCGUAAGCAAGAAGUUGUCGCGAAGGAGACACGGAGCAAGGGCGGCGUCGACGAUGAUUUUGAGUACUAG